CCUAUACAAUCUCGUACAGGUUACCCGCCUUCCCGCUUGAGAGCCCUCUGAUUGCGAAACGUAUUGGGAAAUAUAGCGACCUCUAAGAUGGCAGUCGAGACACUGCAUCGCGUGCCGUACGGCCCAUCCGUCGACCUCCAACCGCCGUACCCCGAGGGGACAAGUUUUCCACUGUCAUUGGCCCCCAAACCUGCUGAGGCAUCCAAAGAAGCUAUAAUCGAUGCCGUAAGGGAGCUCACCGAGACAGGUCGGCUUCAACGCAUACUGGAAGAACAUGGAGCCAUCUAUUUCCAGGGCCUGGGACUCAAAGACGCGGACGAAUUCUCCGAAUUUGCUCACGCCUUCGGCUGGCUCCCGCACGAGGCCAUCGGGAAUCCCGUGCGGAGGACAAUCCUGGCGAAGAACGUGGCAACGGCGAACGAGGGGCCAAACACGCAGCCCGUGUAUCCUCACAACGAGUUCGGCCUCAGCCCGCACUACCCUGCCUAUGUGCUUUUCUAUUGUGUUUCGGCACCAGAGACUGGUGGGGAAACUCCCAUCAACAAUUCCAUCGUGCUGUACCAUAGACUCAAGGAGAGGGUCCCGGAGUUCAUCAAGGAAAUCGAACAGAAGGGAGUGAAAUACCAGCUCUUCUACCCAAACGGACCAAGAGACCAGAUCUCCUCAGCAGGGACCACUCUCCUUCAGUCCUACGGGAUCCACGUCCUCGACACCGACGACACCGCAACAGCGCGGCAAAAAGUCGAGGACGAGGUCCGCCGCCUGCCCACGGCGACGUGGGUCUGGGAGAACCAGUCCGAGACGAACCCGCUGGGCGACCUCCGCGUCUGGCAACACCUGCCUGCCGUGAGAGCACAUCCCCGGACUGGGGAGCCGGCGUUCUUCAACAACGCCGUGUCGAGGUUCCUGAAUGCUAUUGAUGCUGGCACGCUUGAGCCGCCGCAUCUCAAUGAACAGGGGAGAUACCAGCCUCCUGCGUUUUAUGGCGACGACUCGUUGAUCCCGAGGGAGUACCUCGAGACGGCGGUGGAGAUCAUACAAGAGACCCGGUCGCUGGUGACCUGGAAGGAGGGUGAUGUUCUUCUGUUAGAUAACCACUCGGUUCAGCAUGCAAGGGAACCCUGGACUGGGCAUAGAAAACUCCUGGCGAGUCUUUGGGAUGAACCGCAAGUCUCGGCCUAAUCGAAGUGUCUAGGAGAGGAGACUUGUAGGCUGGCCCUGCUCUUUGUGUUGAUCAGGGGUUGUCCCACUUAGUAAAGAUUCCGGGGAGUUGGAAGACGGCAACUAGGAAAUGGUGUGGGAGGUGGAGAAUGGGGUAGUAUCUCUACUAGAUUGUAUG